AUGUCGGCGAAAAGGAAAGCGCCGUCCAAGCUGGCGGCCCCUAGCAUACGACCUAACGCUCGUAUCCCCACGAAAUUGUCAAUUGACGAAAAGAAUACGUCUGUCGCCGAGUCGGAUGCGCUCGCCCUCUCUAAGACAAUCGAGAUCUCCUCCGAUAGCGAGUCAGAAGAGGAUGUCUCCGAUGACGAGGAGGAUGCCGAAGAUGAGGAGAUGCAAGAUGCUGCUCCUGAAAGCGACGAGGAGCAGCCAGAGGCCGAGGUUUCGGAAGAGCCUACAAGGAAACGGACAAACGGCGGGGGUAAGCGCCCGGCCAACGACGGGGAAGAUGACGAGAGCGACUCGGAAGCCGAUGCAGCGCCUACAUUCGGAGACUUGCUUAGAGAGCAGCAAACCAUCGACGUGCAUGCCGCCCUCGCUGGCCAGGCGAGUGGCGCCUCGGGUGCCCUCGCCACCCAGAGCACAACCCGCACAAUCACAGUACCCUCGGCGUCCUCGCUUGGCACGGUUCUUAACCAAGCACUUCGUACCGACGACACAGAACUCCUCGAGUCGUGUUUCGCCACCACCGAUCUCGCCGUUGUUCACAAUACUAUUGAGCGACUCGAUAGCGGUCUCGCCGCGAACCUACUUAUGCAGCUGGGCUCGCGGUUACACCAACGCCCCGGCCGCGCCGGAACCCUGAUGCAUUGGGUGCAGUGGACUCUAGUGGUUCACGGCGCGAGGGGGCUCAACAGCCUUCUCGUCCUCAAGGGAAAACUCGACCUCUUGGAUGCACAGCUCAAGCUACGCAAGAAGAUGCAGGCUCGGCAGGCUCGCAAUCCUAGCGGGGACGACGACGAUGAGGAUGACGAGAACGUGAUCUAUGUCGAGGGUGAGGAUGAUAUCGAUGGCGACGAGGCGGGCGCGCGGAGGAAGAGGACAGUCGUCGAGGACGAUGACGAGGUGGACGAACUCCUCCUAGCCAACGGUAUCGGCGGAGAUUCCGAUGACGAGGAGAUCGAUUUGGAUGGCGAUGAUUCGGAUGUGUCGGAUGGGGACGAAUCCCUUGACGAGGAUGAGGUCAACUACGAUGAUGUGGAUGAUUCGAUGGCGGAGGAUGACGACAGCGAUGUCGAGGCGGCACCCCCAGCCAAGAGGGCGAACAAGUCACGCUAA